AUGACCAAACCAAAUUUCCUUGAACUCCCAAGAGGAGUUCAGCUCAUCUACCUCGCCGAGGGCGGAGCUAAUGUGAUUUAUCGAUUUGUCGGAAAUCCAGUACUCGGCAAAAAAGACCUGAAGAGGCCACUAUCCCCAUCUGUACUCGACUCGGAUCAUUGCAACCUACCAUUCCAAUUUAAGGGGAAAUUGCUCCGACUGCGCAAAGAGACCGCAGCCGACAUCUCCUACAAAGAGAUUGCCCGAAACUUUGACACUAUCAUCCGACCAUUAUUCAAACCCGAAGAACUGGUCAAUCAAACCCUCAUCAAACUCCCAGAGGGCCUCCUCUCCAGCUGCAACGAGCAACUACGCAACGCCGAACUAAACGGCGCACGUCCAAAUAAGCGCCAUGGCAGCUAUCUCUGCCUUCAUGAGCCAUUUGGUCUACUCAUCACUGACAUGACGACGGCCGGAGACCCCGGCGCCAGCCUAGCCGAGUUAAAACCCAAAUGGCUCAAUCAGUCGCCAUCAGCGCCAGCGACAGCACAUAGGUGCCGGACCUGCGCGCUGAGGGAAAUGAAGAACCGCGAAUCCAAACUCCUAGGCCAGAAAGAGCAACGGUCGUUCUGCCCGCUGGAUCUGGUGUCGGAACAGUAUGAGAAUGUGCUGCGGGCGACGGCGUUUAUCAAGGGCUGCAAGGAUCGAUCGCGGCUGGCUCGGAUUUUGUAUCGGAACCCGACACUUCAGAGGCUGCAGUCGCUGCAGAAGACUGAAAGGGAUGUCGGGCUGCAAGGUCCGGUGACGCAGUCUCCGGAGAUGUCGCUUGCGAUGACACUGCGGGACUGUACUAUGUUUAUCAAGGUCCCCCAUGACGAAAAGUCACCCGUUGAAAUCCGUCUUGGCGACCUCGAUCUUAAGACAGGCGCCGGCGGAAAAGCCGGAUACUGGCGAGAUCUUGAAACACAACUGAUUGACCAGGGCUGGUAUCGGGGAAGCAACACUAGUGAAAAUUCCGGCGAGUGCGCUUUGAAUAGCCCGCGAAGACCGUCUCAGUCUCAUUCGUCAUAA